CUCGCGCACUCUCCCUUCUCAUCUCAUCUAUAAAGGCCGGAACAGCUGAAAGGGUGGCAACUUCUCCUCCAGCCGCCGGGAGCAGCCCGCCUGCCUCCCUGAGCGCCCGAAGCCUCCCCCGCCGUCUCCGUGAGGGCUCUCCUCCGGCCGCCAGCGCCCAUCUUUCAUUCCCGAGAUAGAGAUAUUUUGCACACACGCACACAUACAGACACGCGCAAAAAGAAAAAAAAAAAAGCCCAUCCUCAAGCCUCGUUGCAAAGAGAAAGCCGGAGCAGCCGCAGCUCGAAGCCCGCAGAGGACGCCCAGAGUGGCGAGCGGGAGGGCAGACGGAUCUACGGACUCGCGCCGCAUCCACCUGUCUGCCGUGCCCGGCUCAGCGCGCAGCGGGCACGCCGCGCGCGCGGAGCAGCCGUGCCCGCCGCCCGGGCCCCACGCCAGGGCGCACACGCUCCGGCCCCCCCACCCGGCCCGGGCGGGAGUUUGCACCUCUCCCUGCCCUGGUACUCGGGCCGCCGCUGCAAAGCCAACUUUGGGAAAAGUUUUCGGGGGGAGACUUUGGCUUUGAGGUGGCCAGCUCUGCGCUUUCCGACUUCGGGGGCCUUUCCAGAAAACGUUGCAAAAAAGCUAAGCCGGCGAGCCGAGGAGAGCGCCUUUAGCUGGCGAGUGAAGACGAACCAUCGACUGCCGUGUUCUUUUUCCUCUUGGAGGUUGGAGUCCCCUGGGCGCCCCCACACGGCUAGACGCCUCGGCGGGUUCGCGACGCAGCCCCCCGGCAGUGGAUGCUCGCUCCGGCUCGGGAUCCGCCCAGCCCCCGCCCUCCACCCUGGCCGCGGGGGCGGCGCGCUCGGUCCACGCGUCCGGGGCCCCGCGGGGCCGGGCCCGGAGUCGGCAUGAAUCGCUGCUGGGCGCUCUUCCUGUCUCUCUGCUGCUACCUGCGUCUGGUCAGCGCCGAGGGGGACCCCAUUCCCGAGGAGCUCUACGAGAUGCUGAGUGACCACUCGAUCCGCUCCUUUGAUGACCUCCAGCGCCUGCUGCACGGAGACUCCGUAGAUGAAGACGGGGCUGAGUUGGACCUGAAUUUGACCCAGUCCCAUUCCGGAGGCAAGCUGGAGAGCUUAUCCCGAGGGAGAAGGAGCUUAGAUUCCCCAGUGGCCGCCGAGCCAGCCAUGAUCGCAGAGUGUAAGACACGCACCGAGGUGUUUGAGAUCUCCCGGCGCCUCGUUGACCGCACCAACGCCAACUUCCUGGUGUGGCCGCCCUGUGUGGAGGUGCAGCGCUGCUCCGGCUGCUGCAACAAUCGCAACGUGCAGUGCCGCCCCACCCAGGUGCAGCUACGACACGUCCAGGUGAGAAAGAUUGAGAUUGUGCGGAAGAAGCCAAGCUUUAAGAAGGCCACAGUGACCCUGGAGGACCACCUGGCAUGCAAGUGUGAGACGGUAGUGGCUGCACGACCUGUGACCAGAAACCCGGGGACUUCCCAGGAGCAGCGAGCCAGGACACUGCAAACGCGGGUGACCAUUCGGACUGUGCGAGUCCGCCGGCCCCCCAAGGGGAAGCACAGGAAAUUCAAGCACACGCAUGACAAGAAGGCACUGAAGGAGACCCUUGGAGCCUAGGGGCAUCUGCAGGAGAGUGCGGGCAGGGUUAUUUAAUAUGGUAUUUGCUGUAUUGCCCCCAUGGGGUCCUUGGAGUGAUAAUAUUGUUCCCCUCGUCCGUCUGUCUCGAUGCCUGAUUCGGACGGCCAAUGGUGCUUCCCCCAUCCCUCCACACGUCCGUCCACCCCUCUGCCAGUGGGUCUCCCCUCAGCGGCCUCCAGCAUCUUGCCCGGAAGCUUGAGAAGGAAACAAAAAGAUCUGGAUUCCAUCGAGGUCUUCCUCCUCCAACCCCAAGAAUCUGGGAUAAGGGUGCAAGAGAGACUGAUGGGGGAAGGGGCUCCCUUCCCCAGCACCUGGCCCAGGCCACACCUAAGUGCUGUGGACUGGCCCAAGGAACCCUGCAUGUGGCCCUGAGGACCUCUCGGCAUGGCCUGCUUGGCCCCUGGACCUCCAGCCAGCUCUGACGGGAGCACCCCCAGGCAGGCCAGAAUGCUUCGUACUCCUGUGGCCGAGACCAGGUGGGGGAGCACAGACUGGAGAAAACCCCCUCUCACCGUGCCCAGGCCCAGUCACCUCUCUCUGGUCACCUCUGCUCACAGUGGCUUCCUUUCAUGUUACAUGUAUGAAAUAUUUGAAGAUGUGGACUCCUCCAAGCGAGUGUGGCCUGAGUGCCAGGCAGCCAAAUGCCCUCUCAGAUGGGUUAGAGAUGAAGGUUGCUCUGGAGGGGGGUGUAGAUGGUGACCUGGGCAUCCACUGUCUCCUCCCAUUCCCCCCUUUCACUUCCUCCCCUGUUUCAUCUCUCUACCUCCACCCUGCAUCUUUCUCUUGUCCUGGCCCUUCAGUCUGCUCCAGCAAGGGGAACACCUCUUAUUGAGGCUCCAAAUGACCCCUGUCACUGCUUCCUAGGGCAGAAGACCAGGGGCCAGGGCAGCAGGGGGCCUGUGCAUUAUAUCCCAGCCCAGUCAAGACUGCCAUGUAAGGUUGUGCAGGUUGGGCACUGCACAAGGGCACUGUCUGCAGGGAUCACCGAUCACAUCAUAGACAUGGCCAAUUUGUAUAUUUAUUAUGACAAUUUUCUGGCAGGUGGAGGUCAAGUGUCUUAAGGAAAGAGAUCCUUUUCCUAAUUGACACAAAGGCUCUUGUGGACUGGCUGUGCCUCUGACCCAGCUGGUGACUCAAAGUGGCCAGAUAAGAGUGAGCUCCUGGUGGGGAGGUGGGCAGGUAACACAGUGUCCAUCUGUCCUCUAUUUCCCCAAGUCCUCAGCUCAAGCAGCCUCCCUUCCAAGCAGGUGUGAAAAACCCGAGAGAAAGUCUCCAAGGGAGUGGGGCAGCCCUUAUGCCCCCAUGCACACUCCCCCAUCUUAGAUGCUUUUGAGUUCCACCUCUGGUGGCCCCUUCCAGGAAACCAGCUCCUGGGCUGGGAGUGGGGGAGAAAGGGAAAAGAUCCCCAGGUUCCCCUAGGGGUGGGCUCUGAGCUCCACCUCCCUUCCCACCUUCCACUGCAAUUUUCCCCUCCCCCUCCCCCCAA